CUAAGCAGUCUGUAAUUAUUUCACUCAUCCUGCUUGUCUUGCAUUAAUGCCUCUGUGCUACUUUCUGGCAUCUUGAGUCUUCCAAGGUUCAGUUGAAAAGAACAUAAGGCUGAAGAUCUUUUUAAUCGAUGCUUAUGUCCAAGUUCCUUGGGCUUCUUGAUUUUAAAAUGCUUCUCUCUCUCAACUGGAGCACAGAAAGAUAAUCACAAGUGAUUGGAUUACCCUAGGCUAAGGCUUUUCUGUUCUUCAGCUGGUUCUGCGUGUGCAGCCGCCUCUGCUGAUGGUGCAGGAAAGUGCUUUAGGCAUGGGGGUUACUCUUCAGAUGAAAUCACAGUUUGCCCAACUCCUUCAGCUGGAAGCUGAGAGCAGGCAGGCCAUGCCUGGGUGUGGUGGGAGUCUGAGACGGAGUCUCCUAGCGAGUCAGAGAACAGUGACUUCCAGUCUCUUCUCAGCUGGGAUUCAACUUUGGAUCUGGAUGUGUGGAGCUGGAGAAAUACUGAAGAGGUGGCCAUGAGAAAGCUAGAGGAGAGCAGCCGAGAGGCAGACCAUGAGCCGGAGCAAAAUGAGACUCUCUGGGAGGAUGAUAGCGAAGACUACCAAAAGGCAGAGAGGCCAUGUGAAGAUGACAGUCUUCUCCAGUUCUUCUCAAAGGUAACCCAGAUGAUGGAACCUCUCCACAUUAGCAGCACGGAGUCAUCACAGACUGAGUGGGAUUAUUGUGACUCUGGGAAGGAGGGUGAUGGGGAAGAUGUGAAGUGCCAGGAAAAGACCAGAGGAACAGCAGUCUUGGGAACAGAGGAAAGUCAACUACACAUCCUGGUAGAAGACAAGAAAGAACAUUUCCUGGGAAGAGAGGAUAAGACUCAAGAGGCACCUGGAAGAGAAGCUUUAGGUGAGCUGCAUCCACAGGAGAUAAGCAAUCAGGCACAGGAGGAAGAUGAUAGUGAUAGCACCUCUGCAGCCCUCACACUGGACUCCACAAGUCCUGUCGACAUGCAGCAGGUGCAGCUGAGCUGGGAUAACCCACUGCAGCAUUUUGUUUUCAAAAGAACUCUCCUGUCCACCUGGAAGGUGAUAGCCAGUCACAGAUGCAGUGGCCCAUUCCUGAAGGCAGUGUCAGAGAAACAAGCCCCUGGAUACAGGGAUGUGGUGAAGAGACCUAUGGAUUUAACCAGCAUAAAGAGAAGACUGUCAAAGGGACACAUUCAGUCCAUGGUCCAGUUCCAGCGUGACCUCAUGCUCGUGUUCCAGAAUGCUGUAAUGUACAACAGCUUCAACCACCACGUGCAUCGCAUGGCCAUGGAGAUGCAGCGAGAGGUCUUGGAGCAGCUGCAGAUGUUGUCUGAAGCCCUCCUGUGCCCAAGGGAUAGGCUGUGGUGGGAGAGGAGGUAACAAGCCAUGUCUGAGGCCUGUUUCUCUUGGAGCAGUGUUGUCUCCUUGCCUCAGGAUGUCUGCUGGGGCUCAGGGGAUGUGCUGACAUUGCAGCUGUGAUCUUCAGCAGACCUAGUUAUCCCACAGCUGCACCCGCCAGCUUGAUGGGAUAAGGAACAAAGUGCUUUCUAGAAGAGGCACUAUAUGGGAAACCUCCUCUCUUCCCUGGGAAAAGGAGCACCACAGUCCUGCAGUGAGAAGAGGUUC